AUGGCUGGAAAAUUGAUGCCGUCCUCAAGCCAUAUACUGUCCGACUCCAUGCUGCAGUACACCUUGGCGCCUAUGUAUAAUGGAGAUUACACAGAUUUUAUGGGAGUGGUAGUAUAUGAAGGCCGGGAGCCGAAAGACGAUUUUAAGGGAUCUUCUUCCCUUGGUAUCAUGAUGGCCAACGCAAUGGGCGGCAUGUGGAUAGGGCAUACCAUCCCUGGAUUUCCAAAUUUAACACUUGACGCAGCAGCAUUUCCUCCAGAAGAAUUGAAGAAUGGUCACAUGAUAAUGUGCUUUUCAUUAGGUAUAGAAACACUAAACUCUUUGGCAAUCGCCAUAAAGCAGACUGGACCUGCAGUAACAAAGAUAGUUGUUCCGCAAUUACUGAAGUCCCAUUUACCAGAAUGGACCAAUCUGAUGACAACUGACCAUCCAUUAAGAAGGAGAUCAAAAACUUCUGUGAGAAGAACCAAAAUUUUAAGUUUCGCAACAAGGGACAAAAGUUUGCGCGGUAUAAUAAUGGCUCGUAGUCCAGGAGACACGCGUUGUGUGUACCAGAGUUUCGCUAAAACCAAAGGAAUUGUGGUGGACGUGUAUGGCCACAAGGAGCACCAUGGACUUGAAGAAUGUGACAGAAAAUACAGGUUAGAAUUCUAUUCUUGA